GUCACAGUCCGUCCUGAACCAGCGGGGUGAAGGUGAACACAGUCCGUCUCUUGCUCUCCGCCCGCCGCCUGGAAGCACUUUCUCCCCCAUCUCCUCCUCCUGCACCGGGAUCAUUUUCGGUGUACAGAGCCAUGUCCAUUUUCAGCGAAGUCCCGGCGGCUCCUCCAGUAGCUGUCUUCAAACUGAGCGCUGAUUUUAGGGAGGACGACCACCCGCAGAAGGUGAAUCUGGGAGUCGGAGCUUACCGUACUGAUGACUGCCUGCCCUGGGUGCUGCCGGUAGUGAAGAAGGUAGAGCGGCUGAUCGUGGAGGACAACAGCCUGAACCAUGAGUACCUUCCUAUCCUCGGCCUGCCUGAGUUUCGCGCCGCCUCGUCCAAGGUCGCUCUGGGAGACGACAGCGCCGCCAUCAAAGAGAACAGGGUGGGAGGGGUCCAGGCUCUGGGUGGGACGGGUGCACUGAGGAUCGGGGCAGAGUUCCUGCGUCGCUGGUACAACGGCGUGAACAACACUGCCACACCCGUCUACGUCUCAGCGCCCACCUGGGAGAACCACAACAGUGUGUUUGCUGAUGCUGGCUUCAAAGACAUCCGCCCAUACCACUACUGGGAUGCUGCUAACAGGGGACUGGACCUUGCUGGGCUCCUGGAUGAUCUGGAGAAAGCUCCAGAACACUCCAUCUUUGUCCUCCAUGCCUGUGCACACAACCCCACUGGCACAGACCCAACCCAGGAGGAGUGGAAGAAGAUCGCAGAGAUCAUGAAGAGGAGGAAUUUGUUCGUGUUUUUCGACUCGGCCUAUCAGGGUUUUGCCUCCGGCAGUCUGGAUAAAGAUGCCUGGGCCAUUCGCUACUUUGUCUCUCAGGGCUUUGAGCUUUUUGUGGCUCAAUCCUUCUCUAAAAACUUUGGCCUUUACAAUGAGCGAGUUGGUAACCUGACGGUGGUGGCUCAGGACAGCGAUAACCUGACCCGCAUCCUGUCCCAGAUGGAGAAGAUCGUCAGGACGACUUGGUCCAACCCACCCUCUCAGGGAGCCCGAAUCGUCAGCAAGACACUCAACUGUCCCGAGCUCUUCGCUGAAUGGAAGGGUAAUGUGAAGACCAUGGCAGACCGUGUCCUGUUGAUGAGGGAUCAGCUGAAGUCCAAGCUGCAGGCUUUGGGCACCCCGGGGACCUGGGACCACAUCACCCAGCAAAUUGGCAUGUUCAGCUUCACCGGCCUGAAUCCCAAACAGGUGGAGUACAUGAUCAAAGAGAAGCACGUGUACCUGAUGGCCAGCGGUCGCAUCAACAUGUGUGGCCUCACCUCCAAGAACAUAGACUACGUAGCUCAGUCCAUCCAUGAGACCGUCACCAAGGUCCAGUAACGGGCUUCUUCGCUCCGCCCACUUGUUGCCUCCUGUAAACCACAGGAAGUACUGUCGUGUGUGCCCUUGUUCUCCUCCUCCUAAGCUUAUCCUGCUCUCUGAUUGGUUGAACUUCAGCAGUUGAACCAAUUUUUUCUGUUUCUCACAUGAAGGUUAGAACUUUUUGGGGCAGUGCAAUGAUUUUAGGAAGACACUUGGAACACACGCACACAGCCAGGUCUCACUGUCAGCAGAGUUACAAAUGUCUUUUAUCCAGAUCCUUGCAUUUCUAGUUUAACUGUUUAUGUGCUGCACAAAUCUUUUCUGGUCACAAAUUUUCACUUGGGUCUCUGGCUGGUAAGUUUUAAACAUAAUUUCAGUGCUUCCUCAUUAAUUGAUGACUCCUAAAGUUGUUAAACAUGCUGUAUCUAUUAUUGAACAAAAAGCUGAUAAUGUAAAUAGAUGUAAUCCCUGAAGGAGGUCCUGUUAUUUUCUUCAUAAGCACAGAACUCUGGCUUUACUUAAUCUCUUAGCCCACAACCAAUCACUCUGAGUGAAAUAAAAAAAAGGUAUUGCAAUCUAUCAUGGUAUAGUCUAAAGAAGGGCAUUGUGAGAGCAAGAGUGAUUGGUGGUGACCAGAGAGAAAGGUUACUCAAAAGUCAUGCAUGUGCCUGAUAUUGAAGGUUUUGCUCUGUCAGACCUGUGCAGCUAAAUGUAGAAGAUCGUAAUGUUAGUUCACAAAGCGACGUUGUGCCAUUUGGAACAAAAUCACCUCUUGUCUUCUCUCUCUGUUUUUGUUUUCUUUCCACCCUGCAGUGCCCUUAUUGUGUUACAGAAAGCCUCUCUGUGUUGUAAAGAGCCACUCUGAUCAGACCUCAGAGCUCUGACGCCUGUCAGUCACAUGACCACACUCUCAUUAUGUGGUGUGUACAGCAGUAUGUGUCCAUAUACUGUAAUAAAUUAUAAACACCAGGAACCACA